AUGCAGUCUCUACUACAGAGGGGUGGCAUGGCUGCUGUCGAGCUGGCACCAGGUGGGCUUGGCGAGGUAGUGAUCCGUCAUCAUAGAAAGAUUUUUGGUUCGAUGUGUGUUGGAACACGUGAAAAGAGACACCAGCCUCAUGUGAGUGGCAACAGGCCAGUUGGUGACUAUGUCAAUAAUAGCAUGAUCCUGGAACGGGCCUGCCAACAAAGCUCGACAACAAGUAUCUCCAUUGAUCAGGGCCUGACCUCUUCCACGAGACGCCGCGAGAGCUCCGCCCCUGCAGAAUUAAUUUCCAAAACAGUUGUGGGGGUGGGGCCACUCACCUGUGUGGCUCCGAUUCACAUUCUCUCCUUUUUCGGUCUUCUGCCACCACAUCAUCUUGGCCACGCCAUUUCCAACCCAAGAAAGAACAGCAAAGAGAUGGAAGCCUACCUGCAGAUGAAGGGGAUGGGCGAUACUGAGACUAAGGAUACAAGGGCAAAGAAUGAUCGCAUCUUGAAUUCGACAGUCAAGUUCAUUAGGGCCAGAAGCAAUGACAACGAGAAAUCAUCUUUCGACCAGUCCGUGGUGGAAAACAUGGAUUGUGCGAGUAGCAGGGAUAGGGCACCUAGGGACCAUUACUUUCCCACGCAACCAAUCCUGAAACGGAUGAGCCUUGAAGACGGGAACGUAGAGAUGAUGCAUUUCCGUCCCAUGUUGAGACGUCCCCUUUUAAAGCAAUCUUUAAAGAAAGGGAGCCGGCAAGCCAGGACAAGGUUUAUUUGGAGCAGCACCAUUGAUGUUGACGAGUAUCAAACAAGACGUGCGGAGGCAGUUGUCAACAGAUAUGGGCUACACGAGAAAGGGGAUUGUCUGGAAAUGUUCUCCGGUUCUAUGCUAACAAACAACCACACUCCAAGCAGAGAACAGUUGAUGAGGAAACUUGUCCUGGUCAAAGACGGGGCACUGGAUAAAGGCGGAAGGUUUUUGACAGUAUGCAUCCCAAUGGAACGAGUGAAUGGUGUGCCUGGGCUGGAGGCCCACCUUCGUGUGCUGUGUGGAGUGGACCCUACCACAAAAAAUGACCACGCUGAUGUUAUCAAGAGGCACCAACGUUGCAAGCCUUUCAUGCAACUUGUGAUAAGAGAGGCUGAACAUGUGUCCAGUGGUGUGGGUCCAUUCAACAAUCUGUAUGGUCCCGGUUUUGAGAGUCUGGCACAUCAGCACGCGACGCCAAAUGCACAGCAGCCACAGGCAAGACGACAAAAUGGAGUAGCAAAACCACAACAGCACAGCCAACAAGGAGAUUCUUCACCUCUACCACUGCCGCCACUACCCCAGCAGCCACCACUGUCCCACCAGCCAGCACCGCCCCUUCCCCGGCCAAACACAACCCAGUCUCUCCACACAGAACCAGAGUGCAAGAAGCAACCAAGGUCUGGCAACGAGGAAUGUCGUGACUUGAAGGUGCCUGCAUUGACAAAAAGUGUGAACAUAGUCGAUUGCUGCUCCGACAAUCCUCCGUUUGACUCCGGGUUUCCUGUUCGUUCCAUUCCCGUGUGA